GUCCAACAAUAACAAACUGACUUUACAAUGUUCCCCAAAUUAAAAUAUAUUCCUUGAAUCCCUUUCUUUCUAUUUCCCCUUAUUUGACCAUUACUCCCUCUUUCCCCUUCCCUAUAUAAUGUUUCCACACCCUUAUCUCUCUCUUCAUCCUUCCCUUCAAUCAAUUCCCUUUUCCUCACUUGCGUUCACCUUAUGCUACCAAUCUAGCUUCAUUUCAUCUCAUCCUUUCUUGUUUACAAAAUUAGAUGGAGGAAACUCUGGUGCCUAAGAGACCCAGAGAAGAAGCCCAAGUUGAAAAAAACUUGGACUUUGUGGAAGGGUACUCAAAGAGGUACAAGCCAUACAACCACAUACUAUCACUUCUUGAUUUAGAGGAAGAGGACUCCACACAAGACCUCUCCCCCCUCAUGACAACCCUUCAGCAAGAAAUCACAUGUGCCUCUAACAACAACCCAAAUACCCUUUUGGAGUGUGCACCUCUAAAAAAUGACCAAAAUAGCCUCACAACCACUUUUGCUUGUGUGGAUGACACUGCAACAUCACCUACUUGUUUUUGUACCCAACAAAUGUUGAAGGAAGAGGAGGAAAAUGAUAAAGAGAGUGUCAUGAGACAUCUUCUUCAUGCUUCUGAUGAUGAACUUGGGAUUCCAAGUAGUGGAGAUGGGUUAUUGGGCUUUGAGCAAGAGGGGUUUAAUAGUAUAGAUGAAUUUUCUUCCUUAUGUGACAAGUUAUGGGAGCUUGAAGAUGAGAGAGCCAAUUACUAUGCUUUGAUGCAAUCUGAACUCUUCCUAUGGGGGCAUUAGAAGAAUGAAAAUUACCAACUAGGGGAAAUUAUUGAGAAAAAGAAAGUGAUUUAACAUAGAACAUAAAAAAUAGAGAGGCAAAUAUUUUUAUUUUGUUUAAAUUUUUUAUUUUUUUGAAGCUCUUUUCUUUUUUGUAAAGAUCACGGGAAGCCUCUACUGUCGUUACUUAUUAUCUACUGUUUAGGCAGUGCCACUUUUACAGGUCAAGCUGUACUUUGCAGUGCAUAAUAGAAAAAUGGGUUAGAUGCUUACAUUAAAAAAACGACCAUUAUUAGUCGUUGCUCACUUCUCUUUUUUUUUCUCUAAUUUUAUCAUUGGACAUUUACGUAAAAUUCACUACGGUAGAGAGGCCGGCUAGCGUAGGUUCCAACUUCACUCUCUAUUAGAUGUAGAGUUACGUUAUGUCCUCGUCCAAUUUUUUUUAAAUGAUUUUAUUGUUAUUCCAUAUAAUAUAUUAAAUAAAUAAUAUAUAUUCAGUACUUUUAAAAUAUUUUUUAUAAUUUAUAAAUAUGUAAAAUAUU